AUGAUGAAAUCUUAGAAUACUUCUACUAUUUAGAAUAAAGAUGGAGAAAUAAUAGAUAAGCAGACUAAAAUAACAGGCUAGGUAAGUGGAGCAAAAUGGACCGAAGUUCUACCUUAUUUUGUUGGAACUGCCCUUAUUUUAUCUAUGUAUUACAUGCAAGAGAAAUACAACAACAUAUUCUUUGGAGUAUGGAUAAUAUAUGCUGUUGUUCCAAUUCUAGAUCAUAUUGUCCCUCACGACAAUUAUAAUCUUCCUGAAAAAGAAAUCAGAAAUUAUGAGAAAGAUUCAAGAUUUUUGAUACCUCUUUAUACUGCCUGGGCUGCUGACUUCUUAUUAUACUUCUGGGGAUUCUAUCUAAUUGUUCAAGAUAAGUAUCCAACCUCUCCAGGACUAUUUUUAGCUUUAACUUUUGGAAUUGCAAAUGCUGGAGCCUUGAAUCUUUCAAUUGGUCAUGAGCUCGUCCAUAGAAGAGAGCUAGUCCACAAAAUUCUUGGUAAUCUUGUCUAUUCAAAGAUGCUCUAUUCUCACUUCAUUAUCUAGCACAUAAAAUCACAUCACAAAAAGGUAGCUACAUUUGAAGACCCUUCAUCAGCCCGCAAAGGAGAGUCUAUAUGGGACUUUUUAUUCAGAACUGUUCCUGAAGGCUUUGUUGAGACUUGGGAACUAGAAAAGAAUAGACUCUAGCAAGAAGUAGCUGUAUAUAAAUUUUUCGGAGUCUUCGGUGUUGUUUAUCAAAUAGUUUACUCAAUCUUCGAUAUCAUUUUCUUUGAGACUAUUAACUAUGUCGAGCAUUACGGACUUUAAAGGAAGCUUGAUUCUAAUGGAAACUACGAAUCAAUUAAGAUAACUCAUUCUUGGAAUGCUCCUCAAGCUGUUACCAACUAUUUCCUCUUCAAGCUUCAAAGACACUCUGAUCAUCAUGCUCAUUCAUAUAAGCCAUAUUAGAUACUCGAAAGCUUACCAGAAAGUCCUUGCCUUCCAUUUGGAUAUUCAGCUACCUUCUUAAUGGCUUACGUCCCAUUUGUUUGGUUCAAGGUAAUGGAUCCUUAUGUUGACUCAAUCAACAAGAACGAAAAGAUGAGUGAAGAGGUCGAAACCGAGCUUAAGAGAUGGUGCAAAGGAUUAUUAAUUGUAAUUUCCAUUUUAGUCACAUACAUUACAUUCUUUGUGAUCGGAUUCACUCCAAACUAUUGA